CUGUGCUAGAAGUCACUCUUCCCCGGCCUUCGCCGUCAUAAGUGUUUGUUGUUUGUUUCUCCUUCGUGAAAGCGAUGGCAAAUUGUAAAAUGCUAAAAAGUCCUUGAUCAUGGGGUGCUUAUAACAUCUACUAGUGUAUCUUGGGUAACACUUGCGUAUGGAGAAUGACCACCAAGUUGUUGUCGUCCCUUGUUCAGACGAGAUCGAUCGAGCUGGUUUUGGCGCCAUUAGCUGCACAGGUCUCUCAGCUGAUCAUCCUAAAUGAAGUAGGAGAGCGAGACGGGAUCCCUGUGCCUAACCUGGUCUCACAUGCCAAUGAAAUCUGUGAAUCAAUCAGAAGUCUUGUCCUGGCAGCUGAAAACCUGGUGUCAGAAAGUACUGAUGAUGAGUUCAAAGCUGCAAUGCCUGAAGCUUGUUCAGAAGUCACACAAUCAGGACAAGCCUUGCAUAUGGCCUCUCAUAAGCUGAAUCAGGAGUCAUUUUCUCAUGCUGUCAGAUACUCCCUAGUUGACUCUGCAAGGAAUAUACUUGAAGGCACAAUGAAGGUUCUUCUAGUAUAUGAUCAAAAUGAGGUGCGAAAGAUAAUCCGUGCAGUCCAUUGGGUAAUGGACAGGUUAGGGUUUACAGAAGCUGUCACAUCUAUGCGAGGAUUCAUCAUCAGUUUUAAGGCAUUUACUGAGUCUCUGAUGUUGCUUGCAAGUUUGUGUGACAAAAGGCAACGGGAGCUUAGCAAUACUUGGCAAAGAGACAGGAUCUUGUCUGCUAUGGCAAUCCUAAAGAAGUCAGUUGGUCUGCUAUCAUCAACAAUGCAGGUUUACCUCCGGCAACCAGCCAACCACCAAGCCAAGGCAAGUCGAGAUUAUGUGGUGGGACAGAUAAAGUUGGCAUGUACAGAAAUCAUUAGAGCAGUUGAAGCAACUGAAGAGAUAAAUCAGCAUUCAGGCUGUUUGGCUGACACUCUGAAAAAGGCACAUCAUGAGCUACGGCAGCCUCAUGCCUGGUCAGACUCUACUAACCAGCUAGAUUGUUACCUGGAUGCCAUUAUCCGUAGCAGUAUGGCUAUUGCAAACACUGUGGAAGGGGCUAAGCGUGAGAAGAUUGUCACGGCUAGCCAACUAGUUCUACAAACCCGAAACGAGCUUAGCGAGUCACAGAAAGCCAUAAUGAGCAAUUCAAAUGGCUUGAAAGAGAGACGUAACCUUGAUACGACUGUGAACAGAUUAACCAGCGAGCUAAAGAGACUGGAUCAUAACGUGACUUUGGCUAUUGUGGACCAAAUUAGUAGUGUGUUCACUUGUGCAGAACUUCCUAUUCAUAAUCUUGUGACCACGGCAACCAAGCACCCUAGGGGUAUAGGUGCAAUUGGACAGCAGGAAGCCACCAUAGAGACCAAGCACAAAGCUGACAUGUUUGUGAGUCAUGCCAACAAGCUCAUCCAAGUGUCACGCCAUGCUGCGUCUAUCUCAAGCAAUCCGCCUAAGGUUCACAUAAUCACGUGCACUUGCUCUGAACUGGAAAAGCUAAUCCCCCAGCUGGUGGCAGCAGCCGGAUCAGUUCGCAGGGACCCGCGGGAUAUAGGCACGGUUGAUAGAUUAUGCGUCUUGCGGAGGGACUGGGCCGAGAAACUGGUCACUCUUACUGAUGCCGUAGAUGACGUCACUAACAUACAAGAUUUUAUCGACAUCUCGGAGUUGCACGUUCAGCGAGACGUGGCCCGGUGUCACGAGGCACUUGCUGAGGGCAAUGCAGCAAAGCUGGCCCAGGUCUCCCACGGCUUACACGGCCGAGUAGAGCGUAUUUCCCAGGUCUGCAAGCGUGAGAUUGCGAAAACUUCUGAUCCAAAUCAACAGGAUCAACUGGAAAGACUAUGUUUAGACAUAGAUCAAGCACUCUCCAGUCUUGGUCUUACCGUCGAGGAGAUGAUUUGUGACGUCAGUGAUAGUUCCCAUCAUGCUCAGGUAACACAAGCAAUGCGCAUAACAAUGCAGAAGAUUCAAGCCAUGAAGACCGCUGUGUCAGGGACCAAGAGUGCGGCUCUCAAGGGUUCCGAGGAUCUCACCCAACCUUCGCCUUCUCAGCAUAUGAAAGUUUCUUGGGAACAAUUCAAGUCGGGCAGUGACAAAUUAUCGAGUGACGGGAACGAGGGAUUGGUGACUAGUGGUGUGGAUACAUCCAGCCCUUUUGACCGGCUCACUUACCAGAACAAGAGUUCUUCUCUUCCAUUCAAGAAUCCCAGUACAGCUGAGCAACCACGUUAUCUACAGCAACUAGAGCGGAAACACGUGAGCAGCACAUGGGAGAGUUUGCAUUCCAAGGGGGAUGGGGAAGGCAUGGACCAACCUGCCUUACUCGGCCUCGUUCCGUCAGACAGCCAGUCAAUGACGUCACUAGCAAGUAUCCGGGGUCACCCCGUAACGCCAUCGCGCAGAUCGGGGGUUCACGUGACGCGCCUUAUUCGCGCGACGAAAACUGGAGACCGGCGUCAAGUCGAGGCUCGGGUAACCAAGAUGGCUACUCGAGUUCAAGGUUCGACACACCUGGCCGAAAAGGCAGCGGAGAAAUGUAUCGACCCAGAGAAAGUAAGACAAGCCCGCGUGACGUCAAGCGAACUUCGAAAACUCAUGCCAAUGAUCAUCCAAGCAGCUCGUGACGUCACAGCAAACCCCAAUGACGUCAUGGGGGUGGAUCGCCUUCACACAAUAGGCCGAGAGUGGGCUUGCAAACUCCACAUACUCGAAAGUUUUGUAGACGACUUGGUGUUUCCUUGGUCGGCCUCAGCUUCUAAGCUCGCUCUAUCCGCCACUUCCGGAGAUCCCAAAGAAGUCAGAAAGCAGAUCUCCAAUAUCAAAGAUCACAUCACUCGUCUCCGUCAGCUCGCCGUCUCCGCCAAAACUGCUGCUGACGCCGAGGAUUACGCGGUGGAUGCCGGGAAUGAAUUUAACGUCACUCCUGUACGUGACCCAGCCUCGAUUAAGCGCGUUGAGCUGCUGCAGUUGACGUCACGUGAUGUGGAGGAGAUAACGGAACGAUUGAUCGCCGCUGCACAGGAAAUGGUUUUGGAGCCUACGGAUGUAGAGAAGAUUGAGAGAUUAGAAGCUUUCCGUAGAAAAUGGGCAUUCAAAGUAAAAAAACUGAUCCUUGCUGUGGAUGAUGUAACCGUGGGGACCUCGGCCCCAGUUGAGCCUCUUGCCUUUGCUGCUAUAGCAGGUGACCAGCAUGCAUUGCAGGAAAGGGCCCGUCUUCUUACGUCAUACGUGCGGACCUUAAAGGAGAUGGGCGGUGCUGCAACCAAGGGGUGUCGUGACGACGUUAAGGUCACACAAGUGACCAACUCAGUAGCAGCUGUGGAGCGGAUUACCGCUGACCUUCAUGAUACGGCUCGAGUAGUGGUGAACUUAAGAACACCUGACCACAAGACUACGGAGCAGGACCUGGCUUUGAUGAGCAUCGAGGAGAAGAUGAGCCUGUCACAGAGAGAAUGGGCAACAAAGGUCCAUCUCCUUACCGCGCUUGUAGACGAUUUAACCGCUGACGUCUCAGCGCCGGUCGAUCGACUCGCGGGCGCAGCUCUAGCUAUAUCCAAGGCAGAGCCAUCAGCACAUGCGCGCCAGGAGCGUGAGUUUGAUGCGCAGGCGCAAGAGCUGCUGAGCCGCGUGGUACGCAUGAGCGGUAGUGCUAGUAAGGCCGUGCAGCAUUCUGGGUAUGCCAGCAAGGUGCGCACGGUGCGUGUAACAGGGGAUUUCAUCGAUAGGCUGACUCCGCAGGUCGUCGCUGCAGCACGCGCGCUAUUAGUGAAACCUGACCAAUCGACAGUCGAGCAUUUCCAAAUGAUCCGCCGUCAAUGGGCUUCCAAGGCUCAGUUGCUAAUGGCAACGCUCGAGGAAAUGCCAGACGCUGACCAUGCCGCGGUGCAGAGCGUCAUUCGUGAUCUGCUAGGAUCGCAAGCGCUGGAUACUGCCGCAAGCUUUGAGUCGCUGACAGAAGACGAAUCAGCAGCUAUCACAGGCUCUACUCGUCUGUUCAAUCCCUCUCCCUUACCGGACCAGGUCCCCGCGCGGUUAACAAAACAUAACCACUCACCCUCCCAAUCACGGGACCAAGUCCCCGCGCGAUUCACCAGACACAUCCGCUCACCCUCCCCAUCACGGGACCCAGUCCCCACGCGGUUCACUAAGUCAGUGCCAGUUCGAACAUCUUUUCCAACGUGGAACCCAGUCCCUUCGCGGACGGCCGACCCAAAGAUUUCCCCUUCCACUAGAAAAAGGACACUUUCAAAGCGACCCGUAAAUGAGCCUGCGGUUACGGAUUCAGCGAGUUCCCGAGUCAGCUUGGAUGACAUGGUCCUCGAAAGAAAGUUGGAGCGUUCAGUAUCAGAUAGCGAAGCACUUCCGGACAGUCAUCGACGUGUUCCGAUUGGUGCUUCGAGCAGCGAGACUGAUAUCCGUAAAGCCCUCGUGGCUGAGCUCAAUCAACGCUUCUCCUCGUCCGAGUCUCUCAACCGGUCCAAGUGGGACGCGCGAUACUGGGCCAAGUUUGAGACGGAACGAAAAAAGCACCAAAGAGCCGCCAGUAUGACGAACCUGAGACGAGCAGCCCCCGACUGGAAAUCGGACUCUACCGAAGAUUUACGAGCACAGAAAAGCUCCAAAUCUAUUGCGCUUGCGGCCCAUAUAUUACCAAGUGUGUUCUUAUUGAUAGCUUGCGGCCCAUAUACUACCAAGUGUGUUCUUAUUGAUAGCUUGCGGCCCAUAUACUACCAAGUGUGUUCUUAUUGAUAGCUUGCGGCCCAUAUACUACCAAGUGUGUUCUUAUUGAUAGCUUGCGACCCAUAUACUACCAAGUGUGUUCUUAUUGAUAGCUUGCGGCCCAUAUAUUACCAAGUGUGUUCUUAUUGAUAGCUUGCGGUCCAUAUACUACCAAGUGUGUUCUUAUUGAUAGCUUGCUGCCCAUAUAUUACCAAGUGUGUUCUUAUUGAUAGCUUGCGGCCCAUAUACUACCAAGUGUGUUCUUAUUGAUAGCUUGCUGCCCAUAUACUACCAAGUGUGUUCUUAUUGAUAGCUUGCGGUCCAUAUAUUACCAAGUGUGUUCUUAUUGAUAGCUUGCGGCCCAUAUAUUACCAAGUGUGUUCUUAUUGAUAGCUUGCUGCCCAUAUAUUACCAAGUGUGUUCUUAUUGAUAGCUUGCGGCCCAUAUAUUACCAAGUGUGUUCUUAUUGAUAGCUUGCGGCCCAUACAGUAUACUACCAAGUGUGUUCUUAUUGAUAGCUUGCGGCCCAUAUACUACCAAGUGUGUUCUUAUUGAUAGCUUGCGGUCCAUAUCCUACCAAGUGUGUUCUUAUUGAUAGCUUGCGGUCCAUAUAUUACCAAGUGUGUUCUUAUUGAUAGCUUGCGGCCCAUAUACUACCAAGUGUGUUCUUAUUGAUAGCUUGCUGCCCAUAUACUACCAAGUGUGUUCUUAUUGAUAGCUUGCGGCCCAUAUACUACCAAGUGUGUUCUUAUUGAUAGCUUGCGGCCCAUAUACUACCAAGUGUGUUCUUAUUGAUAGCUUGCUGCCCAUAUAUUACCAAGUGUGUUCUUAUUGAUAGCUUGCGGCCCAUAUAUUACCAAGUGUGUUCUUAUUGAUAGCUUGCUGCCCAUAUACUACCAAGUGUGUUCUUAUUGAUAGCUUGCGGCCCAUAUACUACCAAGUGUGUUCUUAUUGAUAGCUUGCGGCCCAUAUACUACCAAGUGUGUUCUUAUUGAUAGCUUGCUGCCCAUAUACUACCAAGUGUGUUCUUAUUGAUAGCUUGCGGCCCAUAUAUUACCAAGUGUGUUCUUAUUGAUAGCUUGCGGUCCAUAUAUUACCAAGUGUGUUCUUAUUGAUAGCUUGCGGCCCAUAUAUUACCAAGUGUGUUCUUAU